AUGGCAAAAAGGAUGAGAGAAAAUGAUAAGGAAGACGAAGGCGAAGAAGAAACUGAUGAUGAGCGCGGAGGUGGAGAGGAAAGGAAGAAAAGGAUGUUGAAGGGGGGAAUAAGAGGGAAGGGGGGAGGGGGGAACAGAGGAAGGAUCUGGUGGGUAGCAGGAGAUACUGAAGGCGGUGUCAUGAGAACAAUUGGGGGAGACGGAUCACUUCUCAAGAAGCUCUGGAAGGAGUUCUCGGCUGCUGGAGGAGGAGGAGGAGGAGGGAGGGAGAGGGAGUGGGGUAGGGGGAGGAUAUACAGAAAAGGGGGAGGAGGAGGAGGAGGAGGAGGAGGUUGUUGUUUAGUGGCAAAAGGUUCUAGGAGACUGGCACGUCGCGCCCUCCGACUCCUGCAGGAGGAGGAGGAGGAGGAGGAGGAGGAGGAGGAGGAGGAAGUAGUUGAAGAGGAGAAGAAAGAGGAGGUGGGAGGAGUUGAGGAGGAGACGGAAGAGGAGGUCGGAGAAGUUGAGGAGGAGGAGGAGGAGGAGGAGGGGAUGGAAUUAAGGAGGAAGAGGAGGGAGUAG